AUGGACCGGGACCAGGGGGGAGCCCAGUGCACCGUGGCCCACAGCAGGACAUGUGUGGCCUUCAAGUUCCCCAAAAUGGAGGCAGAAGUGGAAGAGAAAGACAAGAAGAACACCCCAUCACUUGGUAAUGUCCCCCAUGGGGACAUCAGUGGAGAGUUUGUCCCCACAAAAGCUCAGAGUGCCUCAGGCUUGCAGCCACAAGGACCAGCACUGGAUCCAGACUCCUCUGACCCCAAAGAGGCAAUUUUGGAGAUGGCAACAUGGACUGGUGACCCUGCAAAGGUCCCUGCAGAGCCAGGUGCUGUGGCAGCCCUGGCCACCACCGCAGCGCUGAGGGCCCAGAGUGAGUCUGUAGUGUGUGGCAUCUGCAUGGACAGGGUGUAUGAGAAGCCACUGCCAGAGGAGCGGCUCUUCGGGAUCCUCCCGAACUGCAGCCACGCGUACUGCGUGGGCUGCAUCCGCAAGUGGCGGCGCAGCCGGAACUUCCAGAGCACCGUCAUAAAGGCCUGCCCAGAGUGCCGGAUCACCUCCAAUUACUACAUCCCCCACAAAUACUGGAUCUCAGAUGUGGGUGAGAAGGAGCAGCUCAUCAGAGCCUUCAAGGCACGCACAGGGAAAAUCAGGUGCAAAUUCUUCCUCCGUGGCCACUGCCCUUUCAGAUCAGAGUGCAUCUACCUGCAUGAGCUUCCUGCCAAGUGCCUGCGGCGGCACAGACAGCGGCAGCUGAGGAUGCCCACUGUAAGUGGGGUGGCACAUCCCGGGGCUGGGCUGGGCACCGGGAGCAGCUCUGACGAGGAGGAUGAGGAGCUCUGCACGCUCGAGUGGGCUCUUACCCUGGCCAUGCUGGAGACAGAAAUUCCCCACUCGAGUUACGGCCACGAGAUGCUUCUCAUUGACUUCAUCGAUUCCGACUGAGCCGUG